AUGACAUCCGAGAGAAUUGGCGAAUAUGCCAAUGACUUAACUCUUUAUAAAGGAAAAUUGUUUAACAGCGACACCUAUGCUUACAAUUUUUAUUGUUUAUUUGCAAAGACUUAUGGUUUUUCAGUUAGACGUGGACAUAGUUAUAGAAGGAACAAGAAUAACAUUGAAGAAAUAUAUAAAAGAAAGUUUAUUUGUCACCGAGCAGGUGUUGCUAAACAAAAUAAAAUUAGUGAAGUAGAAAAACAAAGGAGACGAAAAAGUUCCAGGUGUAAUUGUAGUGCAAAAUUGUUGAUAUCUAAAAGAACAUUUGGCUUCGAGGAAAAAUGGAUGGUUACAUGUUUCGAAAACUCUCAUAAUCAUGUUUUAUUAGAUGAGAAAGAAAUUCGAUUUCUUCCAGCUUAUCGUGAUAUCCCUAUUAACGAUCAAGCUCGUAUAUUAUUAUUGUCAAAAGUUGGUUGCUCGGUAAGUCUCAUUAUGAGAGUGCUUGAAGCGGAGAAAGGGAUAGAGGCAGGACAUCUACCAUUUUUGGACAAAGAUAUUAGAAAUUUUAUUAAAUCUCAAAGUAGCAUUGAUAAAGAUAAUGACGCUUCAGAUGUUCUUAAAUUAUGCAAAGGUUUGAAAGACAAAGAUUAUGCUUUCCAAUAUGAUUUUACAUUGGAUGAAAAUAACAAGUCGGAACAUAUUAUUUGGGUAUUUGGUGAUUCGAUACGAGCAUAUGAAGCUUUUGGGGAUGUGGUUGUCUUUGAUACUACGUAUCGGAUUAAUCGUUAUGAUAUGCCUCUUGGAUUAUGGGUUGGAGUUGAUAAUCAUGGAAAUUCCAUUUUUUUUGGUUGUAGUUUUGUACGCUUUGUGAAAGGAAAAUGUCCACAAACAAUUCUAACUGAUCAAGAUCAUGCACUUAAAGAAGCUGUUUCAACAGAAUUGCCAAAUACAAAGCAUGUCUUUUGCAUAUGGCAUAUUGCGACAAAGUUGCCAACUUGGUUUUCUUUCCUUUUGGGUACAGAGUAUGAUGACUUCAAAACUGAGUUCUAUAGGCUAUAUAAUUUAGAAUGUGAAAGUGAUUUUGAACAACAAUGGGAUUUCAUGGUUGAACGCUUUCAUGUAACCUAUUUGAAAGAAUUCUUUUUCGCUGGGAUGACAACAACCGGACGUUCAGAAUCUAUAAAUUCAUAUAUUAAAAGAUUCUUGGAUGUUGGAGUUGCUGUGAACAUUAGAAAUCAAGCUGGAGAAGAGGCAAGAAUGCGUCAAAAGUAUCAUAAUCCUCUAAUGAAAACGAUUUUUCCGAUUGAGGAACAUGCUGCAUCCAUACUCACACUAUAUGCCUUUGAGUUGCUUCAACAUGAGAUUGAGUUAUCUGCAAAAUAUGCAGCAACUGCGAUUGACAAUGACUCUUACUCGGUGCGACAUCAUACCAAACUUGAUGGAGGUCGUUCUGUAACUUGGAUAAAGGAAAAAAAUUCAAUUUAUUGUUCUUGUAAACAAUUUGAAUUUUCUGGAAUACUAUGUAGACAUGCUAUUCGAGUGUUGUUGAAGAAUGACUAUUUUAGCAUUCCAAAAGAAUAUCUUCCUUCUCGAUGGAGAAGAGAAAGCUCAUUGAUCCCACAAUCAAGACACAUAAUCAACUAUAAUGAUAACUCCUUUGUUGAGUUUCGAUCACUUGUGCAAUGUUUAGAGGUUGAAUCUUUAAAGACCAAAGAUCGAGUUGAAGUAGCUACUAAAGAGUUAAAGAAAGUCAUUCACUAUUUAAAAGGAUCAAGGGCAAAAGGAGGAGUUGAAGUUGCAAAGAAGUCUCGUCAUUGUCAUUAUCCUAAUUGUGGUGGAACCGAUCAUGACUCACGAAAUUGUCCAAUCAAAAGGAAGAAAGACUCACUAUUAGCUUCUCAAUCAUCUCCUAAUAAGUAA